UGCUAAAUUAAGAAAGAGCCCAUCCGAUCUCUCUAUCACAUCUUAUGGCUCAAUAAGGAAGACUGGAAUUAGAAUAUGGCUAUUUCAUGGGGAUCUGCAACUGUUGCCGAAAUUGGGGCCCCCUGAGAAGGGAAGCCAUCUGUAGUAGUUGAGGAAAGGAUGGCCCAGCAGAGCAAAGUCGUGCACUGAAGGCAUACAUACAUACUGUACGUAAGUAAUGAUGCAGUUGAUUUGAUUCUCUGGAACCCCACCUCGUACAAACCCGCUGGCUACCGCGGGGUCCGAGAGGAAUGAACGAAGGCAAAAAGAGAAACAAGGAUGAUGGGCUGAGAGAUAAACAUCAAAACGGUCAUUGCUUCCGUCCACCCCUCCCUCCGUAUACCACGACACGGUCGUUCGGGUUGUUGAUCGCUGCGCAGGAUCCAAGGCCCCUCCACCUGAGGCAGCCUAUCUCCAUAGCUUCCCCCCCAUCCUUUUUGUGCAUCAUUCUGCAUCCAUCAGGCGCACUGACAGCAGUCUUUGAACCGGUAAUUCCGCCAGAAGAAGUGGUGGAUACUGAUCACUCACUCAGUCACACUUGCUUUGUUGCCUUCCUUACUUGGUGCCUUGUGCGUUUGUUUUUGGGUAAUGGAUAUUCUCUUUUGUCUUUUUAUUAUUACCAAAUGAUUUUUUUCCUCUUCACCAGAAUUCUUCAUUUACCUAUUUAUUUUAUUUUCCUUUUCUUCUUUCUCUCUCUACCGUUUCUUCUUCGCCUUAUACUUUGUAUGUAUGCUGGGAAAGUUAAAAAGGAGGGGAGCAUAAUUCUUGGUGAACGAUAUUGAGUUGUCAGUCCCUAUUAAUUAGUUAGACCCGGGGGCUCUAAGAUUUAGUUCCCAGUGUUAGGUUUUCGUUGGCUUAGCAUUAAGAAUUCUUC